AGUGUGCUGACAACCAUCUUUAUUACGGGCAGACGCCGUGGCUACGGAGAGCGAGUGAGACCACGAAACUUUCGACUGCAAGCUGGUGAGUCCAGGCGCCCGCGGGUGUGGAGCGCCGCGGGAUGCGGGAAGGUGUCGGGCGUUAGGUUCGUUUGGGACCCGCCGUGCCAUGGCCUGGACACCCCGAUCCGGUGGCCUUCUGCCUCCUCUCUCUAACGUACCCCCGUCGUGGGCGCAUCCCGUGGGCGCUGGGAAUGAGCGGGGCGAAGGGAUUCGCGGAGGUCCUGGGCUGCUCGCUACCGGGGGCGUCCCGCGCCGGGACUCCGACAGACAGCCGUGGGAGCCCUCAUCGGCCAGCGGCCCGAUGCCCUUCGCUCUGCAGCGGCUCCGGGUCACGUUGCUCCGUCUGCACCGCGAGCGGGAGCAGCUCCUGCAGGCCCGGGACUGCGCCCGCCACCUGCAGGCGGUCGUGCGACUGCUCCGCUCCAGCCCGUCGGCUAGUGCCCUCUCCCUGCAGCAGCUGCACGGCGACCUGCAGCUGUACCCUUCGCGUCGGGCGGCUCUGCGCCUCGGCCUCCCGGGCUCCACCGAGACGCUUCUCCUGGCUCGCCCCGUCGGGCUAGCAGCCCAGCGCCUGGAUGCUGCCAUCGAAAUGCAGCUUCGCGCCCUAGGCCGGGCACCCGCCAACCUGGGCCUGACGUCCCAGCUAGCCGAACUGUUGCUGGUCCUUCCCUUCUACCACAAGCUACAGAGACAAGUCGUGAGCUGCGUUCCUGGAGCCGCGCGCCCAUUCCCCGCGACCCGUGUGCUCCAUCUCCUGGCUGCUGAGCGGGGUUGUCAGGUGGCACACAGACUGGCUGAGGCCCUUGGCGGAUCGAGUUUACAAGACCAACUCCGUCGGCAGUGCGACGAGGAACGAGAGCUGCUGCCAGGACUGCUCGGUCUAAUAGGGGGCGUGGCUAGCACCGACAGCAGUGGACUGAGGCUCGGAGGGCCUGGAGCCCUGUGGAGCCAGUAUUGGACCUUGCUGUGGGCUGCUUGUGCUCAGAGUCUGGAACUAAGCGUGGGACCCUGGGGGGAUCCCAGAGCUGUGGCCCAACAGCUGAGUCAGGCACUGUGUCAAGGGAGGCUUUGUUCCUGGCCCUCACCAUCUCUCCCGUCAGCAUCCCUGCCUCCGGAGUGUGAGAAGGAGCUGCUGUCCUUGUGUCGCAGCCUGCACCAUCAGUCUCUUGUCUGGAGCUGGGACCAAGGGUUCUGCCAGGCCUUGGGAUCAUCCCUGGCGGGUCAAAGAGGUCCUGUUUCACCAUCUCAGACUGCUGAGCUGUUGCAGCAGCUUUUUCCUCCGCUCUUGGACACCCUUCGAGAGCCUAAGUCAGAACUUAGCCUGUGUCUGCCUCCAGGUCCUACACCUGUCGCUCUGGGGCUCUGUACCCUGCAGACAACCUUGAUCUGGUUCUUGGACAGAGCUCAGCAUCACCUGGCAGUCUGGGCCCCUGGUUCCUUCCUGCUCCUGAUCCAAAAGGAUUUGCCUCCUCUAUUGCGUGCAGUGGAAGAUCUGUCCAGCCUGGCCUCAGAGGCAACCUUAACCCUGGAGGUGGAGCAGCAGCUGGGCCUGGAGAUCCAGAAGCUAACUGCAAAGAUGCAGCUCCUGCCUGAAGAGUCGCUGAGUCUCUUUUUCCAAGAAUGCCAUAAACAAGCCACACAGGGCUUCAAGAUCCACAUGCCAAGGGGUCGAUACUGGAGGCUUCGACUGUGCCCUGAACAUCCCAGUGCUCCUAGUGAGUAUGCAGGGAUGGUGGUCUGCGCUGUGCUGGAGCCUGUGUUGCAAGGACUGCAGGGAUUGCCACCCGAAGCCCAAGUCCCCGCCCUCAGCCAGGCACUGACAGCUAUACUGGGUGCCUGGCUUGACCACAUCCUCACCCAUGGGAUCCGGUUCAGUCUGCAGGGGGCGCUGCAGCUCAGGCAAGACUUCGGAGUGGUCAGGGAGGUCCUGGAACAGGAGCAGUGGGACCUAUCCCGGGAGCUUCGUCAGACUCUGCUCUCACUCAGCAUCUUCCAGCGGCUAGAUGGGGCCCUGCUAUGUCUACUGCAGCAGCCACUGCCCAAGAAUCCAGGCCACAGAAGGCCGUCCUGUUGCUGUUUUUGUAAUGAAGUCCAGACCACUGAACUGCCCACCAGCAGCCUCAACAGCCUGGAGAACUUGGCGCCCCCUCUACGGCCUGGAGUCUCCCCAGCACAGAACAUGCACCUGCUAAGCACCCUAGGAGGAGGAGGGCCCAGUCCUGAGGCUUACCUGGCUGGAAACCAGCAGGCCUGGCUUGCCCUAAGGCUGCAUCCGCACCCUCGGUGGCACCUAUCCUUUCUUUCCUGCCUGGGAACAAGCCCUGAGCCCUAG